AUGGAAUCAGUUCUUAACGUACAAUCCCCUGUCAUCUUUGAUGAAUCUGUCUCGCAUUAUGAGGUUCAUGCACAUCAACCCUAUACCUCACUGGCAUUUAAUAAUAGUGAUGAAAUUCGGAUAGCUAUACAACAUCAAGAUUUGUGUGUUCUACCAUCAAAAAGUUCUCUGCAUAUUUGUGGAAAGAUUACUAGACAGGAUGGACAAGCAGUACAACACACCCUUUUUGUGAACAAUGCUAUUAGUCAUCUCUUUGAAGAAAUUCGAUAUGAAAUGAAUGUCAUAGAGAUUGAUCGAUGUAAGAAUGUUGCUGCUACAACCCUGAUGAAAGGUUACACAUCUUUCUCACCUAGUCAACUAAAGUAUCUUGAAAAUUCUGGCUGGACACCUAUUACUGACGUAGGAAAUAUAGCUGAUAAUAAUGGAAACUUUGAUGUGACAGUUCCUCUAUCAAUGAUUUUUGGUUUCGCUGAAGAUUAUCGCAAAAUCGUUGUAAACGUUAAGCAUGAACUUAUUCUCACAAGAUCGAGAAAUGAUUUGAAUACUGUUUUGCAAGAGGCUUUAAUGGUGGACGGGGGACCGACAUAUGAAGAAUUCAAAAUCGAGAUCAAUCGUAUAGAGUGGCUUAUACCCUACCUCAUGCUGUCAGACCGACGAAAAAUACAACUAUUUAACUAUAUUCAAAAAGAUAUACCGAAUUCGAUGAGUUUUCGUUCAUGGGAGUUGUAUGAGUAUCCAGUACUUCCAACAACCACGCAACAUGUAUGGACUGUAAAAACAUCGAAUCAGCUGGAAAAACCACUUUUUAUCAUUCUCGGUUUUCAAACAGGGAGGAAAGGUGUACGAAGACAAAAUGCUAGUCAUUUUGAUCAUUGUAAUAUUAGUAAUGUCAAACUUUUCCUCAACUCUCAGAGCUAUCCGUAUGGAAAUCUGAAUCUUGAUAUUUUAAACAAUCAGUUUGCCAUGCUUUACGAUAUGUAUGCUAAUUUUCAGAAUGCGUAUUAUUCUGAUAGAAUUGUAAUAGAUCCCUUUUUAAGCAAAGAAGAAUUCAUUACAAAUGCUCCACUCAUAGUUAUCGACUGCUCAAAACAAAACGAGUCACUCAAACAGACAGCUGUAGACGUACGUCUUGAAUUUGAAUGUAAGCGUAAUAUACCCGUGGACACUACAGCGUAUUGUCUAAUUCUACAUGAUCGCAUUGUCAAGUAUAAUCCUAUAAGUGGUGAUAUUAAGAAACUUGUUUGA